UUAUUUUGGCCGCGGAGAGCGCGUUUUGCUGGCCAGGAGCGCGCAGUGUGGCACACGCUGGAACAAACAAAAACACAAAACAGCUCAGUGCAGCGCAGGCAGGUUUCCCUUUUAUAAAAAGCGGAGCAGGAGCAGCAGGAGAGUUACGGUAGUCCUCCCGGUUAAAAGCGGUGUCCGUGCGUGAUAAGAAGACUGAAAACAGCCAACCGGGAUAUUGACGGAGAAGAGUCCGCGGCGGAACUUAGGAUAUGGCGGCUGUGAAGACGUUCGACCUUCUCGUUGGAGUUGUUUUAGUUUUCCAGUGCUUGGGGAAUGUGCAGGGCGAGAUCGCAGCCGGUAACGGGGUUUCUUACUCAUACGUGCAGGGGCAGGCAGGAGACGAGGAUGCGGCGGUGGACGUGAAGCUGUACAGCCACCGGUGGAGGAGAUGGCUUCCCCCGAAACCUCGCAACAUGGACAGCAACAGGGCCAGUCAGGAGCAGGACCAGGAGCCUGAACCGGAGGAGCCCGAAGGCUUCCCAGGCCUGCUGUCUGCAGAGGAAACAGACAACAGCUCCCAGAUAGAGGAGGACACAGAUCACAACUACUACACAUCAAAAACUUACGGCCCAUCAGAUCCGAUGACCAAGGACUUGUGGGUAAAUAUUGACCAGAUGGACAAGGACAAAGUGAAGAUCCACGGGAUUCUGUCCAACACACACAGACAAGCGGCGAGAGUUAAUCUGUCCUUCGAUUUCCCUUUUUAUGGACAUUUCCUGCGUGAAAUCACCGUGGCGACUGGUGGGUUCAUCUAUACCGGUGACGUGGUCCACCGGAUGCUAACAGCGACACAGUACAUCGCUCCUCUCAUGGCCAACUUUGACCCAAGUGUCUCCAGAAACUCUACCGUCAUCUACUUUGACAACGGUACUGCUCUGGUGGUGCAGUGGGAUCACGUCCACCUGCAGGACAACUACAACCUGGGAAGCUUCACCUUCCAGGCCACGUUGCACAACACCGGCAGGAUUGUGUUUGCAUACAAGGAGAUCCCCAUUGAGGUGGCACAGAUCAGCUCCGUCAAUCACCCGGUGAAGGUGGGCCUGUCUGAUGCCUUUGUGGUCGUCCACAAGAUCCAGCAGAUUCCCAAUGUGAGGCGGAGGACAAUCUACGAGUAUCACCGCGUGGAGCUGACGAAGACGAAGAUCACCAAUUCUACGGCUGUGGAAAUGAUGCCUUUGCCAACCUGUCUCCAGUUCACCAGCUGUAGCGCCUGCAUCUCCUCGCAGAUCAACUUCAACUGUAGCUGGUGUCAUCGACUCAACAGAUGUUCCAGUGGCUUCGACCGCCAUCGCCAAGACUGGGUGGACAACAGCUGCCCGGAUGAGACCAAGGACAAGAUGUGUGACAUCGUCGACACCACGUACCUCUACCCCUUCACCACCACGAUUGUUGCCAAGACGACAUCCAGGGGCAAAGAGGCCACUGCAGGCAAGGAGACGCCCUCCACCUCCCACCCUCCCACCAGCGUCCCCACAGAAGAUGACACCAAGAUCGCUCUGCAUCUCAGAGACAACCAGGUGAUGCCGGCAGACAGUGCUGUAGACAGGGUGCCAGGCACACAUCCCCUCCACACUGGUCUGAUUCUGGGCAUCCUGCUGGUGAUGCUCAUCAUGAUUGCCGGAGUGCUGAUCACCGUCUACAUCUACCAUCACCCGACGUCUGCAGCCAGCCUCUUCCUCAUCGAGAGACGUCCGAGCAGGUGGCCAGCCAUGAAGUUUCGCCGAGGGUCGGGACACCCAGCCUACGCGGAGGUGGAGCCGGUGGGCCAGGAGAAGGAGGGCUUCAUCGAGUCCGAGCAGUGCUGAGGGAGGAGGGGGCGUCCACAUCCCCCGCCGCCUCCCCUCCUGUGCCGGCCCUCCUCCCUCCUGCUCCACAGGGACUUCUUCUCACCGGGAUCCUCCGGGAUCUGCUUCUCGAUGGAGGAGCUCAGUGUACACAAUGACUCGUUAAGACUGUGGAAUCGGCCCAUUGAGCGCUAGAUGAGACUGGAUACAGCAGCCAGUGGCAUGAGGAAGUGAGAAAACCCUGAAAACUGAUCCCAUUGCUCAGUUCCUGUUGGCAAGGAGCUGACCUGCCGGGGACAGAAGGGAGGGAACAGCACUGACGUCAUCGACUCAGUUUGGUUAAGAGUUUGCGCGGCUGCUAUCGUGUUGCCAUCGAGGGAUUGUACAGCCUGACUGCCUAGACUGGAUAUUGGUGUGUCUGAGGGGGGGAGCAGGGUGACUUAUACAAUAUAUAUUUUCAGAAUCAAUACAGAGUAUGUGAACAGAGAUUUCCACUUUAUGGUCGGUGGGGUUAUACAGUAUAGGCCUUUGUAUAUCCAUCAGGUUUUCAAUUCUUUUCCUAUUUCUUUCAGUAUGUUGUUUUUUCACAGGGGGUUGGCACAUUUAUCUGUAUAGACCGUGGGUAUUGCUUUUCAAUACCAUAGCAGGCUUAAUUGACUUUUCCACAGCCCGCUCUGCACAGAGAGGCUGCGGCUGUGCGAUAUGACGCGAGCUGAACUGUCGCUGCGAUCGAUCGCUGCUGGGAGUAAAGCUCAGAACUUUCAGAGUCGCUGUUGAAUUACUUUGCGAUGUUUGGCUGGUUUCAUUUUUUCGAAAAUGAAAAAGGAAGAUUAUUUUUGUUCGCUGAGGAAAUCUUGGUGUUUUAUUUUUUUUGUUUUGAAUGGGUGAUGGGCACACUCUAUCCUUCUCUUUUAUGAUUUUUUUUUCUUUUUUUUUUUGCAUUGGUUUCAUUACUGCCGUGCCAUUUUGUCCCUGACUAGAGUUUGCACAAUUUAUUUUCCAUGCACAUUUAUUUUUUCAUUUGACAUGUGGUACUAAUGCAAAAUUACAAGACAGGCGCUUGUGAGUGUGAAUAUAUUUUCUGAAGUGUAAGUGAUUCAUGUGUGUAUGCAUACAGAAGAGCAGUUUACAAUAGUGACUGGAUAUCCACCUGCUUUAUGGGUGCAUAUGUUUGAGCUGGCUCUGCACGGUUGAUUCUUCUUGAUUUUUACUCUUAGGUAUCAGAUACAGGUUGUGUGAGCCAGAAAACACACUGGUCUGAUUGGAUGUUUUAUUGAUUUUACAGUGUGGUUUCUUUUUUUUUUCUUUUUUUCCAGUUAUGUUGCCAAGCAUCACCAGUUCUGUGUCCACGUUUAACAGUUAUGAUUGGCUCGUCCGUGUCAACGUAAUAAUGUACAUACCAAGGCCAAAACAUUUGCAGAUUCAGGUAACUCAUGGCAAACAUUUGUAGUAUAGCAGUGACGGUACUGAAAAAAAAAACUUUUUUUAUUUUUUAUGAGUGGCCUUUUUUUCUCUACUUUUUUACUUAAAUGUGAAUACUGUUCCAGUCGUCGCUGUCACAGAUCAGUACACAACUCAAACGCUCAUUUCUACUGUUAAAUAUUUCAAGGCAAAAAUCCUGUUUUACACCAAUGAUUGUAGACUCAUUUUAGAGAAAGAUCAAUAUCCUGGAACUCUACUGAAAGAUAUAAAACGUGCAAUAUUACAUCCAUAAAGUUCUACGCUGAAGAAAAAAAAAAGAAGCUUAA